GUUGCUUAGGUGACGUUACAGUUUAGAGGACACGAAGUGGAAAUGAGUUGAAGCUACCUCGCUAUGUACAUGUAACACGAUUUCUGUACAGAACCCCUUGCAUGUUACCAGUCGUGUUGAGAUUUUAGAUGUGGCGAGGUUAGAGCUUCGACAGGUGUUACCGAUGUAAGUGAGACAUGUCGGCGGUGCAGGCUGUCGGUGGUGGCGGGGGCAGUGGGCUCCAGCGCCCCUACACACACGGCACGUUCCAGAGGAAGCUCAACCAGUUCGAGCGGCUGAUAGCAGAUAUAACCCAGCAGGACAGCGAUGCCAGCCCCGAGGAAAAACGGCAAGCCAUUAGCGAGGGUCUUCGCUAUGAACAGUUCUGUGAGUCCAUUCGGGCCCUGUUCGGACCGGAUAUCCGGAACCAGGACCUCAAAGCCAUCUUCCGGAAAAUAUCCACUAAUCCAGAUGCAAAGGUGGAUUGGAGCGAACUGUUCGGGUACUUCCAGUCGGAGGUACCGGAGGCAGAGCCGGCCAUGACCGAGGAUGCCAGUGUCUUCACCGUGUCGUUCCGUACCAGGGUCGGGGACGCUGCAGGUGACAGAAAGCGUAGGGACAUCGCACAAUCAAUUAUCCAUAUGAAGGAUGCCGACUUCUACAUCACAGCCUCACAGAAAGGAACUCUCUCCAUUUACAACAGCAAGCUAAAACUCCAGAGCUGUUGCGACUUGAAUGAUACGGCUUGGGUUACCGGUUGUGACUAUCUACCACGGCUCAGGAGAGUUGCGGCUUGCACAGAAAGAAGUAUUUUGAUUUGGGACAACAGAGCAAAAAGCAAGAACCAGAACAUUUUCACCAUCAAACCCAUGGAGCACUCCCCACAGUGCAUGGCGGCCAUCCCUGUCACAGACAGCACUCAUGACGACACUCUACUGUUCGGAGAUGAUCAAGGUUUUGUAAACAUGAUGACUAUUGCAUCCAAAGAUCUCCACACCAAACAUGCCAAGGGAGAGAGGAAGAACACCAACCCCAUCAUAGAGCCAUCAAAACUUAGCAACCCCAUCCUGAGACGAAAGCUCCAUGACGACUGGGUGCUGAAGAUCAAAUACUUCCCGGAGCUCCGCUGUUUUGGUUCCUGUUCUCCCUCCAGUCUUCACUCCUUUGUUCUAGAUGACCUGGACAGAAUAAAAGACAACCAGCCCGUUCGCAGUCUGUCAGUCUCGAAAGGGAUCAACACAUUUGCAUACUGUGCACGUGCGAACGUUAUAGCAACAGGAGGUGUGGAUAAGAUCAUCAGAAUAUGGCAUCCGAACAUCUUCUCCAGACCAACAGGAAAAAUGAUUGGCCAUCUCUUUACUAUUGUGGAAAUGGUUGUGAACGAGAAGGAUCAGCAUCUCAUCAGUCUAUCUACUGCCAGGGUAUUCCGUGUGUGGGACAUUCACACUCUCACCAGUUUGCAGGUAUUUACAGACAAUGAGGAGCGUCCAGGAGAAAAGAGAAUCUAUUCCAUGGCCUUCGACAGCAAGCAUGACAGGCUGCUGACAGGGUCCAGUGUGAUUGACCAGUGGCCUCUGACCCGUGCCGUGCAGGACACCAUGCAGGUCCCUCACACCCACGACCGGCCCAUCAGCCAGGUGGUCCACAACCAGGAGCUCAACCAGGUCGUCUCUGUCUGCACCGAGUCUGUACUGAAGGUAUGGGAAAUGGACACAGGGAAGCUGGUGUACACCAUUGUAGAUGCACACGGACCCAAUAUAGAGGUCACGUCUGUCGCCUUCGACAAAACUGGGUACAGGAUGACAACUGGAGGUCUUGAUGGCUCCAUCAAAGUGUGGGACUUCGGCAGCGGUCAGGAGAUAAAGAUGCUCCCCGCGCUGCUGGCGGAUCAUCACAAGGAUGAAGAAGCCGGCGUGACGGCGCUGGCUUACGUCAUGUACGAGGAACAGAGGUGCAUCGCCGCUCUAGGCUGGAACAACCAUCUCAGACUCAUAGAGGACAGUGGCGAGGUUGGCGAACUGAAUGUGCUCCUGGACUUUGUGGACAUGUACUGUCCACGGGAAAAAUCCUCAGGCUCAUCAAGAAGUGGUAGCGACAGUCCUCUGAGUAGAAGCAGCAUACCUCAGGUCACCAAGAUGUUUGAAAAGGAGAACGUGCUGCAUACCCAUGAACUGAAGUGCACGGCCUCGUUACCUCCUGACCUACUGGCCACGGGCUGCACCAAUGGGAACAUCUUGAUCUGGGACAUUCAGAGAACAAUCGUUAAGGACAUAUGGAGACUGGAUGAAGAGGAGGAGGAGGAAGAAGAUGAGAACCAGGAGAACGCUCCCAGCAGGAGCCGUGCCAAGAGCGCCAACCCGCACGCCGUGCACGCCUGCAGGUUCCUGGUGCACAGGACACGCCGGCCGGAUCCAGCUUACAUCAAGAGACUUACCAGACACCAUGCUAUCCGGGAGGACAUGCAGACAGAAGAGGAUGAGACAGGAGGUAGCAGGCGAGCAUCCAUGAUGUCGGAAAGGUCACAUUCACAGACAAUGACCAUGGAGUCGCGAACGCACAGUUUCAUUGACUCAAGAAUGAGCCAGGCUAAGACGCCAGAUCACGACCAGGCAGGCACAGAAUCCCGAACCUCUGGUGUACCCCAGAGUGGCGUGGAUGGCAAUGUGCGUGCCUCGGAGGCUACAGGUGCCGGUACAGAGGAGGGAGAGGACGGGAGAGACAGCCAGACUGGAGGCGAUCCCGUCAUGACUAUGAUAGAGACGACGUACGACCCAGUCCUGGUGUCAUGUCACCACGACGCUCUAAUUCGCUUCUGGAGCAUGAAGGGAGACAUGCUGCGUGAGGUGUCAGCUCUGACCCGGCGGCAGGGUUCUCCGGUUACCGCCGUCUGUGCUGAUGACGACUGUAACCUGCUUAUUACUGCAGAUCAUAAGGGUUACAUCACCAUGUGGGACGUUGCAACAUUCCUUGAGGACCCCACCUCAGAAAACAAGGACAACAUCCGUCAGCUGAUCUGUUGGCGUGGCCACCUGAACCGUGUCGUCAGUCUGUUCUACACGUUACCGGGCUUCAUCGUGUCGGGCUCGACGGAUGGAUCCGUUAGAGUUUGGUACAAGGAAAAGGGUCACUUCAUAGGAUUCUUCGGGCAGCACCGUAUUUGGAAGUACCCCACUGAACCGCCCAGUUCUGCGGUGUUCCCGUACGACAUCACAGAGCGCCCCUUGGAGGCGACCAGGAGACUUACAUCCAGGGAGAAAGCACAGCAGAAACAGAAGUUUGAAUACCCACUUAUCAAGGAUAUGUGCAGAUGGGCUCCGUUCAGACGGUCUGCAUAUGAGCGGCAGCAGAAAGUGGAGCUGAAACCUCUCGACAUCCAGUCCAAGUUCUUUGCCACGCUUAUCAAACCAAGGACCAUCUGGACCGAUCAAAGACAGGAGAUGCAAAGGAAGGUGCUGUUUACAGAGCCUUGCCAGUCUACAGGACCCAGUUAG